CUUUAUGUUGGUCCGCAGGCACAACAGACCCCUCCCCGGCCAGCAACAAUGGAGGCACUCAAAGCGCUCUCGCCGGCGAUUCUCCACCGCCACCCCUCGCGGCGGAGGAUGGCCGGUCCCCUCCCAUUUCGCCCUCCAGUGAGAUUCUUGAUCCGUUCCGAGAGGAUAUCAUUGGCCGAAGAAGGUGCUCACGGUGGCGAUAGAGCCUGGGCACGAGCUCUUGGCCGGGGAGCCAUUGGAGUCGCUGCUGCCGCUGCCGCGGUCAUCUCGGUCUUUGGUUCUGAUUCUUCGGCUCUCGCUGAGUCCCUCACUGUCGCCUUCCCUGUCUCCAGAGCUCGUGAGGUGAACGCAGUUCAGAGAACACUUGUAGAAACAUGGGGCUUGAUUCGUGAGUCAUUCAUUGAUCCUACUUUCAACCACCAAGAUUGGGACUUGAAGUUGCAACAGACCAUGGUGGAGAUGUUUCCUUUAAAGUCAGCAGAUGCAGCAUAUAGCAAGAUUAGUGGAAUGCUUGCUACUCUUGGGGAUCCCUUUACCAGAAUAAUUAGUCCAAAGGAAUAUCAAAAUUUCAGAAUAGGUAGUGAUGGAAAUCUUCAAGGGGUUGGUCUAUUUAUCAAUGCUGAACCAAGCUCUGGACAUUUGGUUGUUUUAUCUUGUGUUGAGGGAAGCCCAGCUGCUCGUGCUGGUAUACGUGAAGGAGAUGAACUAAUUGAGAUUGAUGGAGAGUCUCUUGUCGGUGUGGAUGGUGAAACAGCAGCACAAAAGCUUAGAGGGCGAGCUGGGACAACUGUGACAGUAAAGCUUUACUGUGGGGCACAACAUGGAACUGAUUCAGGUGUAAGAGAGGUGAAACUCCCUAGAGAGGUUAUUAAGCUUUCACCUAUAUUUAGCACAAUCAUCUCCCAUAAAUUAGGUGAUGGGCAUGAGGUGAAGACUGGAUAUGUGAGGCUCUCUGCAUUCUCUCAGACUGCUGCUAUUGAGAUGGAGAAAGCUGUCCAAGAUAUGGAGGAGCAAGGUGUUCAGUCAUACAUAUUGGACUUGAGAAAUAAUCCGGGUGGUUUGGUAAAAGCUGGACUAGAAGUUGCCCGAAUAUGGUUAGAUGGGAAUGAGACUCUGGUGAACACGAUUGACCGAGAAGGGAAUAUGUCACCCAUUAAUAUGAGCAACGGACACGCAAUAACACAUGACCCUCUUGUUGUCCUUGUAAAUGAAGGAAGUGCGAGUGCAAGUGAAAUUCUGGCAGGCGCAUUGCAUGAUAAUGGCCGUGCCAUACUUAUUGGGCAUAAAACAUUUGGCAAAGGAAAAAUUCAGAGUGUGACCGAGCUCCAUGAUGGUUCCGCACUUUUCAUCACUGUUGCAAAAUACGUAUCGCCGGCCUUGCAUGACAUUGAUCAGGUUGGCAUAACUCCUGAUGUACAAUGCACUCCUGAGAUGUUAACUUCACCAAAAUCAUCGGCAUCAAGAGACUCAAGCUCAGCCUCUUCUCUAGAAGCAGAUUCUUGCAUCUUGGUAGCAGAACAUGAACUUGAGAUUCAGGAAUCAAAGGGAACUGCUUCAUGAGAUCUCUGAGAUACUCAUCAAUGUAUCUGUUACUGAAAAAAGAAUCCUUUUCAAAGCUGUAAAAUCUCUAUGUAUUUACUUGUCCAUAA